GCGUCGCGGACUCCGGAGAUGGAGGAAAAGGAGCAAUUACGGCGGCAGAUCCGCCUCCUGCAGGGUCUGAUUGAUGACUACAAAAACCUCCAUGGCAAUGUCCCUGCCCCGGGGACCUCAGCUGCUUCCCGGUGGCAGCAGCCCCCUUACCACAGCAGGGCCUUUGGUGCCCGCUACCCCCGUCCAAGUCGGAGGGGCUUCUCCUCACACCAUGGGUCUGCUUGGCGCAAGAAAUACUCGCUUGUGAAUCGGCCCCCGGGGUCCUUAGACCCACCUGGUGACCACGUUGUGCAAGCCUCCCUUGAGCCUGGGGGCAGCCAGAGUCAAGACCCUCAGCAGUAUGUUCUUGAGAGACAGGUCCAGCUCAGUCCAGAUCAGAACAUGGUCAUCAAAAUUAAACCACCAUCCAAAUCUGGCUCUACCAGUGCUUUAGGGGCCCAGCAGGGUUCUUUGGAAGAAUAUGAAGAUACCCCCUGGAAUGGCCAAAGACCCCAGGAAGGUGAAGGUGACCCCCCUGUUGGGCAGCUACAGUCCUCGAGGCCAGGAAGAGCCAGGGGGAGCUGCAGUGCAGAGGACCCCAUUCUGGUCUGCCAGAAGGAGCCAGGCAAGCCCAGGGUGGUCAAGUCUCUGGGCAGUGUGGGUGACAGCCCUCUGGGGCCCCGCCGGACUGUCAGUGAGAGUGCCAUUGCUGUCAAGGCAUGCCUCCCAUCUUCUGUCCUAUCCCCUCACUCUGGCAUGGCCCUGGGUCGGAAGGUACCCCCUCAUUCAGCGGUUAGCUGUACUGCUCAGCUCCUUGGGGAGAGGAGAGUGAAUGCUGGCCACCCAGAUCAGCCAGCUCCCUCUGGCUCAGUGGUAAGUCCAGCCAGAUCGACCUCAGGACCCAGGCAGGCCCGGGAAUCCUCACUGCUUGUGUCCUGUAGAACCAACAAGUUCCGGAAAAAUAACUAUAAAUGGGUGGCUGCCUCAGCAAAGAGCCCUCGGGCUGCUCGGAGGGCCCUCAGUCCCAGAGGAGCUGCUGAGAAUGUGUGCAGGGACCCCUUUGGCCCAGCAGACAAGAUGGAGAAGCCACAGCUUAGAACUGACCCAGAUGCCAAGCCCAGGAAGCCAGCCAUGUCCUCUAAGUUGGGACCUGCCCCCAGCAAGUACAAGUGGAAGGCCUCCAGUCCCUCGGCCUCCUCCUCUUCCUCCUUCCGUUGGCAGUCAGAGGCUGGUAGCAAGGACCAUGCCUCCCAGCUCUCCCCAGUCCUGUCUCGGUCCCCACCAGGGGAUAGACCAGCGGUGGGAUCCAGUGGCCUGAAGCCUGUCUUCAGUGAGAGCUCACUCUCGGCUUACAAAGUGAAGAGCCGCACCAAGAUCGUCCGUAGGCGGGGAAGCACAAGCCUCCCUGGGGACAAGAAGAGCAGCCCCUCACCUGCUACCACUGCCAAGAGCCACCUCAGCCUCCGGCGGAGACAGGCCCUCCGAGGGAAAAGCAGCCCCGUUUUGAAGAAGACCCCUACCAAGGGCCUGGUUCAGGUCACCAGGCACCGGCUGUGCCGCCUGCCACCGAGCCGGGCCCAUCUCCCCACCAAGGAAGCAUCCAGCCUGUAUACCCUGCGGACUCCACCUACCAGCAAGGUGAUCAAGACCCGCUACCGUAUUGUCAAGAAGAACCCGGCUUCUCUCAGCACUCCAUCCUUCCCCCUGUCUCUGCCCUCUUGGCGGACACGGCGGCUCUCACUGUCCAGGUCCCUGGUGCUAAACUGCCUGCGUCCAGCUGCCACCGGGGGUGGGAAAGCACAGUCAGGCUCACCUCGGUGGCGAAACAGAGGCUACCGCAGCAUCGGAGGCGUCCUCUACAAGGUGUCUGCCAACAAGCUCUCCAAGACCUGCAGCCGGCCCAGUGACGGGGGCAGCAGGCCCCUCCUCCGCACAGGCCGGUUGGACCCUCCAAGCAGCUGUAGCCGUUCCCUGGCCAGCCGGGCCGUGCAGCGCAGCCUGGCCAUCAUCCGGCAGGCCAGGCAGCGGAGGGAGCAGCGCAGAGAGUACUGCAUGUACUACAACCGCUUUGGCCGCUGCAACCGCGGUGAGCUCUGCCCCUACAUCCAUGACCCUGAGAAGGUGGCCGUGUGCACCAGGUUUGUGCGGGGCACGUGCAAGAAGACAGACGGGACCUGCCCCUUUUCCCACCAUGUGUCCAAGGAGAAGAUGCCCGUGUGCUCCUACUUCCUGAAGGGGAUCUGCAGCAACAGCAACUGUCCCUACAGCCACGUCUAUGUGUCCCGGAAGGCCGAGGUCUGCAGCGACUUCCUCAAAGGCUACUGUCCCCUGGGCAUGAAGUGCAAGAAAAAGCACACAUUGCUGUGCCCCGACUUCGCCCGCAGGGGCACGUGUCCCCGCGGGGCCCAGUGUCAGCUGCUCCACCGCAACCAGAAACGCAACAGCCGGCGCGCAGCUGUACCCUCCACCCUGGAGCCCAGUGACACCCCCACCAGGAGCAGGGCCUCGGGCAGCCAUGGGCCCAGGAAGCCCUCAGGAACACGGCCCACCAGACAAGCGCCCAGCUCCCCCCACCCUUCCUCCCCAGGGGUGUCAGCAUCAGUCUCAACCUCUCCUGUAUCAUCAAAGGCAUCCCCUUCCUUCCCCUGUCCCUCAUCCCCCUCCCCCUCCUCGCCCCCCUCCUCCUCGGACCAGGAGGAGCCAUCUCUCCAGGAAGAGGCCGCCUCUGCUGUGACAACGGUGACAGGCUCUAGUAGCCUCAGCAAGCUGCCUGCCUUCAUCUCCCUGCAGUCCUCACCAAGCCCAGGAGGCCAGCCCAGGGUCCGGACCCCAAGGAGACCCCCAACUAAGGACUCAGGGAAGCCUCUGCACAUCAAACCACGUCUGUGAGGGCCUGGGGACCAGCCCACACCUACCUCAGAUUCUCGUCCCUGGAGAGGAAGGAGGGACCACCGCCACCUAGCCCAACUGGGGCCACAGGGGCACUGCUGUGCCCACCUGGCUCUCAGCCCUUUGAUCAGUAUGUGCCCAGGCCCUUGCCUACCCCCUUGGGCUGGACUGCUGUCCAGUCACCCCCUUCACCCCAUCCUCCUCACCCCUGGACCCUUGCGCUCACCCCCUGGGCUUGCCCCCACUGUGGGUAUGGCAGCUGGCAGGUGGCACAUCCCCCCUCAGCCCUGUCCACCCAAGACUUCUGCCCUGGGAAAGAGGCUCUAGCCAGGCUUCCCCAGCAGGCUUUUUGUGUUCAGCAAUAAAGGUUCUGCCCUG